AUGGCGUUAACAGUUCACGGAAAAAUUUCACAGCCAUUAGAUCCUAAUUUUUCAAGAAUUUAUAACAAUAUUGGCACCGUUUAUUUUGAAACGAACAGUUUUCUGAAAGCAAUAGAAUAUCUAGAUAAAGCUCAUCAAAUUGAAGAAAAAUUUUGGAGGAAUGAUUUGGAGCUAGCUAAUACGUAUUACUAUCUUGGCAAAGCUUACUAUAUGAACUGUUCGUACAAAGAAGCACUAGAAAAUAUUCAUAAAGAACUUGAAAUUAAAUUAAAACAUCAAACACGAACUGAUCCAAUAUUUUUGAACACGUAUUGUUAUCUUCAAAAAGUUUACUAUAAACUAGGGAAUGAGUCAGCCGUUAUGACUUACGGCGAAGCAGCGCUUAAAGUCGACGUAUCAAGUAAUCACGCUGACUUUUUUGAGGUAUAUUUUCUUAUCGGUUUAGUUUAUUCAGAACAACUAGAUUACAAAAACGCAUUAAGAAGCUUCGAAAAAGCACUUGAAAUUGGCAUAGCGAAUAAACUACCAGAAGUUGAUAAACUUAGAGAAACUGUUGAAUACACGAAAUACUUGUUAUUCUUGACCGAUUACACUAAAUAA